AUGCUGUCCGUGUUUUUUCACCUUAGGAGUUCUCCACGACUGCUCUGUGCAGCAACACAACAGAAGAACACUGGCAGGAACUUGGAAGAGGACCAGAGUCAGAGCCAAAAUGAGCAGAAGGCUGAAGCCAGCUCUGCUGAAAAACUGCUAUCUGAAGAAAAGGCCAAACUGGAAGAACAACUAAAAGAAGUCACUGACAAGUACAAACGUGCCUUGGCAGAUGCAGAGAACGUGAGGCAAAGAAGCCAGAAACUGGUAGAAGAGGCAAAGUUAUAUGGGAUCCAGAGCUUCUGUAAGGACUUACUAGAAGUUGCAGACAUUUUGGAGAAAGCAACAGAAAGUGUCCCAAAAGAAGAAAUUAAGGAUGAAAAUCCUCACUUGAAGAGCUUAUACGAAGGUCUCGUUAUGACAGAAGUACAGAUUCAGAAAGUGUUUAAAAAGCAUGGCCUGCUUAGACUGAAUCCUGUGGGAGCCAAGUUCGAUCCCUACGAACACGAAGCACUGUUCCAUGCUCCCAUGGAAGGGCAGGAGCCUGGCACUAUUGCACUGGUAUCCAAGAUUGGCUAUAAGCUGCACGGGCGUACGCUGCGGCCUGCCCUGGUGGGGGUUGUCAAAGACCCUUAGCUGCUCAGUCUGAGAGUUGAAAAUGCCAUACAACUAUUAAACAGCUGGAUGGUUUUUCUCUUGCACCAUGCUUUCCUCGUUCCUCUGCACCCUGAGGGGUUUAAAUGAGUUGGUUGAGGUCUCCCAGGGAAAAUGAAGCAACUGAUGAAAUUCUGCUUAGUGGCCUUGGACAUCACUGCUCAUAAGCUCUGUCUUCAGUGUGAAAUGCAGGAGCCAUUGAGCCCUCUAAUGCUUUAGGUUAGAUAAUGUUUUUUACAAUCGUUGCUCCUGAAGGAGCAUUAAAUUGAAUGAAAUGCUCACAAGAAUUUUGCAAUCUCACAUUUGUCACUGUGUGUAGAUUGAACAUCCAGAUUGUGGUUCAAACACUUCCUUUGGUUUUGUAGAAUCUCACAUUGCGGAAGUGGGUGAAGUAGUACAAACAACUUCUUUCUGCAAGCAGCCAUCAGCUUUUACAAACUGAUGUGAUAAAUGCUCUGUUUUGUCUCUUCAGAAAUAAUCUCUGAAGGACUGAAGUUGAAACCUUUAUGAAUUCUGACCUGUAAAUAAAUGGCAAUGGAGAUUAGAUAUUUUUUUGUAAUUUUUCAGCCUUUUUGUCCUGUACUAACACUGGCUCAAGAAAACCAUCUAAUACUUGUAUGGCAUUGAAGAACCAAUAGAAUUUAUCCUAUCUCUGGAUUUUUUUAAUUUAAUAUUGUAUAAAUUGGUUUAAACAAUUUUGAUAGUCUUGUAACUUCAGCUUUACAAUCAGUUUGUUACGCAAACUGUAGCUACAACCCUGCUGAGAGCCAGGACACCCAAAGAAGUGAAUAGCUGAGAGUUUGGUAUAUGCUUUCAUUUAGACUUACAUAAAUAAUUGCAUGUAAGUGGCUCAAA